UGCCAUGCUGCAGGUCGUUGCAGGUGGAUUGUUGGGAGUUCUGACAGCUGCUAUUAUUCAUUUGAUUUCACAUUUUGGAACUCAGGCAUAAUAACCUACCUAUGAUCAUCAAAGCCGAUCGGAGUGGUGUUUCCAUUACACUGUGACCAUUCUUAUUUUGUGCAGAUCUCCAUCUUUACCUCUUGAAAUUUGGGGCGGCGGGUACAACUUACAAGUAGAAUUUGAUGAAAUGUGAAUACUGUAUAUGAUACCACUGAAACGAUGAUAUAUGAACUGUGAGAGUAUGUCAAUUCAAAAUUAAGCCUCCAAAGUCCAAACCCCCAAAAAUAUACAAAGCGUCGUUUCCCAAUUUAAGAAUCGCAAGCCAAUCAUACAACGCCUCUUUCGACGAAGCUUUCCUUCCAUAUCGCUUCCUGCCUUAUCCCCUCUCUGUGCAUCUUCUCCACAACCAGCGUCGCCGCCGUCUUUCAUCUUCCUCCAUUCUCUCUCUCCCCGCCGCCGAUUCAAUCACUCGGUAAGCCGCUUCCGAUCUCAACCUCGUUCGGUGGAGAAUUGUUUACAGCCUUAGCUUCCUAGGGUUUCUGUCUGCCUCCGUCGUCUUUUUUUUGUUUUGUUUUGAUCGGUUCAGUUAUAUUGAGAUCCGUGGGGGGAAUAUAGAAGCACAUAGUUUGGCUGGUCUUCUGUGAUUGUUUGGUUCUAAUUUCGAUAUCAAGACCCCUUUUUGUUCAAUUUGCUGGGUCCGUUUAGGGUUUGGUCGAGGAAGAGGGGUUGUUGCAAUUUUCGUGCCUUUGAGCUCUAGGGUUUUUGGUUUUUGGGGUAGGUUUUAGGGGUUUUUUCUACCUAGGCUUCCAUAUGGCUGCUGGAAGGCACGGAGGUUACAUAGACAAAGAGUUCAGGAACCGGGAGUCAGAUUUGGAUGUGCCACUGAGGGAUUUUGGGUAUUCCAAGAUGGAUUAUGAUAAAGCUAGAGAUGCCGAUCUGGAGUAUGAUAGCCUUCCUGUUCCUGACAGGAAUAUCCGAAAUGGGAAAAGAGUCAGAAAGAAGGAUAUAAAAGAAAACGAAUUGACGAAUGGGGAACGUCAUUCUGUGUCUAGUAGGAGUGACUCAGGUAGUAGUGAAGGUGGUGGUAGUGCUGGUGGACCCGAGAGGCCUGGAUUUGCAGCCAAGGAUUUUGACCGAGAACCUGGUGAGCUGUUUAGUGAAAGCAGUUCUGAUGGAACAAUGGACAUAGAUUCAGAGUUGAAAGGUGGGGAGGCUAAAAAACUGGUCAAUGGAAACAAGUCACCUCUUCUGAGUAAGAAAAAGAAAUUCUCUCCGAUCAUUUGGGAUAGAGAUGAUAAGGAAGUGGCUAGAACAGUGAAGACAACUAGUGUACAUCAUUCAUCUAACCGUCCCCGUAAUCCUCCCGAGAUAAAGUUUGAUCACACACCUAAACCUCAUCAGAAUUGCAAUCCACAGUAUUCUCCUAUGACAGAGAGUAGGGUUCAGCAGUCACCUGUUCAUCCUGUUCAUCCAAAUAGUUCUCCUGGAACUCAAUCACUUGUUAAUGUAGCUUUGAUCUCCACUCAUGGAGGAUUGGACAGUGAACAAAGGGUGCAGGAAUUUCAGGAUGAUGAGUAUGUACCCACUCGAACCAUAAGGUAUUCACGGUGGGCUACUGAUGCUAAUUCCCCCGCUGAUGAAGGUGAAAUAUCAGAUGAUGAUCAAAUUCCCUUACCAAAGAGGAGGAAGUCAGCUUCUGAGUUUAUAGAACGUAAGGGAAGCUCUAAAACCCCAACUCCAGAUCUGCCAGAGUUUAGGAGAGAUUCUGAAGGAACCAGGACUAGGUCAUCUGGGUCUGAGGAGCGUGUAAGGUCUUCCAGUAGGGAUAGCUAUGCUGAUAAUGAUGAAAACAACUGUGAUCACAGGGGUGCUAGCAAGGACCGGGAUGAUAAAGACACUAGCUCUAGCCAGUCAGAUACAGAAUCUGAAGACCACAUGGCCUCACCUGGUACCCCAGACCCUGCACCCCCGUUGCAAAGAACUGUGAACAUGCUUCAAGGGUGUAGGAGUGUUGAUGAAUUUGAAAGGCUCAACAAGAUAGAUGAAGGCACCUAUGGCGUAGUCUACAGGGCUAGGGAUAAGAAGUCUGGAGAAAUUGUUGCUUUGAAAAAGGUUAAGAUGGAGAAAGAGAGAGAAGGAUUUCCUUUGACUUCUCUAAGGGAGAUAAAUAUUCUCCUUUCAUUUCAUCAUGCCUCUAUUGUUGACGUUAAGGAAGUAGUUGUUGGGGACAAAAUUGAUAACAUUUACAUGGUGAUGGAAUAUAUGGAACAUGACCUCAAGGCAUUAAUGGAAACAAUGAAGCAGCCAUUUAGCCAGAGUGAAGUAAAAUGCCUUAUGAUCCAGCUUUUGGAGGGGAUUAAGUAUCUUCAUGAUAAUUGGGUUCUUCAUCGAGAUUUAAAGACUUCAAAUUUGCUUCUAAAUAACCGCGGUGAAUUAAAAAUUUGUGAUUUUGGGUUGGCCCGGCAAUACGGCAGCCCUCUGAAACCAUAUACUCAGUUGGUGGUUACUUUGUGGUACAGGGCACCAGAGCUGUUAUUGGGAGCCAAGCAAUAUUCAACAGCAAUCGAUAUGUGGUCGUUGGGUUGUAUUAUGGCUGAAUUGUUGUCCAAAGAACCUUUAUUCAACGGGAAAUCAGAGAUCGAACAGCUUGAUAAGAUUUAUAAAAUCCUUGGCACACCCAACGAAACAAUAUGGCCUGGAUUUUCUAAACUUCCAGGUCUCAAGAUCAGCUUUGUGAAGCACCAGUAUAACCUGUUGCGUAAGAAGUUUCCAGCAACCUCUUUCACAGGAUCACCGGUGCUUUCUGAUGCUGGCUUUGACUUGUUAAACAAGCUCUUGACUUAUGACCCUGAGAAGCGUAUAACUGCUGAAGCAGCUCUCAACCAUGAGUGGUUUCGUGAAGUUCCCCUUCCCAAGUCUAAAGAAUUUAUGCCCACAUUUCCAGCACAGCAUGCUCAGGACAGGCGGAUGAGAAGAGUAUAUAAGAGCCCAGAUCCUCUGGAGGAGUUGCGUAGGAAAGAGUUGCAACAAGGUGAUUUAGGAAAUGGUGGGUUGUUUGGUUAAGAAAAUCCAGCAUUGCUCAUCUGUACUGUUUGAGAUUCUCUUCUUGCAAUACUUGUUGGAUUGAAAUGGUUGAGGUGAGAGAGUCCAUCUCUACUGAAAGGACUUGUUUGUGAGAAGAUCAAUCAUGCUGUUUUUUAGCAGGCACUUUUUACAAGAUAGGUGGAGAAAGGAUUCUUUUGGCACAGUAUUGCAGAUAUGUUGCAUGUGGGCUUAAAACAAACUUCAUCAGACUACUUGCCUUACUGGGUAGUAUGCUGGACCAUAAAUACCAACCGGGUUUGAUUGUGUCUCGUGUAUGUAACAUAUUUUUUAUUUGCAAAUUGGGAACAAUUUCCGAUGUUGGUUCUUAAUAGUAGAAGUUAUGAAAUUUUAAUGCGUUACUAUAUUUAAUGGAUCUUGGUAAUUUUACUUUUUAUCCAUUUUGAUCUUCAAAUUAUGUUUGCAAGAGGUGGUGUAAAGCAGACACGGUGUACUAUCAUUUUUCAUUCACAAAGACAUAGACAGAAAGUAAUGAAACAUUCCAAGAAAUGUUCAGUUUUACUUUUUAUCAGUCAAACUUCCAGAAUCUGCUGGAUCAACAGCUGGUUUACGCAUGCAUCAUCUUCUGCAUUACUCCACAUGGUAGCUCCUCGCCUUCUUAUUUUGUCAAAUUGAUUGUACAAGAACCGUUUCGGCAUGCAGUGGAAUCAUAACAUUUUCAUAUUUGGCUGCAAAUGUUAGUUAAGUAUCAAGCAAAGGAGUGUGGACAGAUAUGUUCAUUGUCUGUCAAGCGUCAAGCUCAACAAGUCGCACCGACGCGUAGCCAAAUGUAGCCAAGUAAAUGGUUGAUCAAAUGUUGGGAAGUUUAUAAAUGUGGGAAAAUAAAGCACUAAUAAGAGCCACACAUUGUUGGGCAACAAGUUUUGAGGACUUUUGGUAGGCAUUGGAACCUGCACUGUGGUCUCUUAGUGGUGCCAUCACCAGAUGGGAAUGCCAGCUUGCCUGAGAGAAGAAGAAAAUCAUACUCCCAAGAUAGGUAUGGACUUCCCCCACAGUGUGAUUCUCGGUGCUCGUUAAAAACUAAUGCCCAUCAUAUUCCCCGAAGGCCAAGUCUUAAAAUGGUACACUAGAACAUUGUCGCAGUAAGUAAAUGGAAAAUGUUACUUUAACCCCAAAGAUGAAAUCUAAGAUGCACCACCACCGAUUAUCCUGCGUGGAUGCAAUUAAUUUUGAUGUCAUCAAUCUUUUGGGCGUUAUGUUUGUUUUGUAAAUGACUGAUUAGUGAGGUCAUUUUUGAGUCCUUUUAUAGCCCUAUUGACUGAUUUGGCUGGAACUAAAUGCCUUCAUAAUGU